GGGCAGAAGCGUCAAUUUAAAUUUUUGCUGAGGGUUUUGUUGGGAGGGUUAGGAAGUAAGAACUCGUGGAAGUGGAACCCCAAAAAAAAAACGACUGGUAAUCCGCGACGGUGAAAUACGCCAUUGAAACGAGGGAAUCGAGCUCCAUCUGCUUUAUUUCAAUUUGUGAAAAAGAGCAGCAGGAAUGAGCCUGCCAACGGCGCCGUAUCACCAGCCCGCCACGUUCGAGGAGGUGCGCACGCUCUGGAUUGGGGAUUUGCCCUAUUGGGCUGACGAGAACUACCUCCGCGGCUGGUUCUCGUCCGCUGCUGAGGUCCUUUCCACCAAAGUGAUUCGGAACAAAAUAACAGGUCAGCCCGAAGGAUAUGGAUUUGUGGAAUUUGCGUCACAUCAAGUUGCAGAAAGCAUUCUUCAGUCUUACAAUGGAGCACAAAUUCCCGGAACUGAGCUAACAUUCAGGUUGAAUUGGGCAUCCUCUGGAGAAAAGCGUCUUGAUGCGGGUCCCGAACACUCAAUAUUUGUCGGGGAUUUAGCUCCGGAUGUAACAGAUUAUCUGCUGCAGGAGACUUUCCGAGUCAAUUACCAAUCCGUUAGAGGAGCAAAGGUUGUGACAGACCCCAACACCGGGCGGUCCAAAGGCUAUGGUUUUGUUAAAUUCGCUGAUGAGAUGGAAAGGAACCGCGCAAUGGUUGAGAUGAAUGGCGCCUAUUGUUCUACCCGGCCCAUGAGAAUUAAUGCGGCAAUACCAAAGAAAACAACCCCUGGUGUCCAACAGCAGUACGCCACAGCUGCUGCAGUGUAUCCAGCAGCAGUUUACACUCCACCUGUGCAGACGAUUCCGGUUGAAAAUGACAUGAAUAACACUACGGUUUAUGUCGGUAAUUUGGAUCCUAAUGUAACUGAAGAAGAGCUAAGGCAAAUAUUUGUACAAUUUGGGGAGAUCGUCUAUGCUAAAAUUCCUGCAUCAAAGGGCUGUGGUUUUGUGCAGUUCACCGCAAGAACAUCUGCAGAAGAAGCGAUACAAAGGGCGCAGGGUGCAGUGAUCGGUCAACAGGCUGUUCAUCUCUCGUGGGGGAGGAGUCAAGCUGCAAAACAGGAUGUCGCUGGUGCCUGGGGCCAAUCUGCUGAUCCAAACCAAUUGAUUGCUUAUUAUGGUUAUGGGCAAGGCUACGACCCCUACACUUAUGCAGCAACUCAAGACCCGUCAGCUGCUGCGUAUGGUGCUGCUGCAUAUGCUGGCUACGUACAGUACCCUCAUCCGGUUGAAGGAGCUCCAGAAAUGGCUGGAUUGCCGGGUGCCCCUCCCCCGAUGGAGCAUAGAGAUGAAGUUUACGAUCCUUCAGCUCCACCAGAUGUCGACAAGUUAAAUGCGGCGUACCUUUCUGUACAUGGAAGUGCCAUCUUGGGAAGGCCGUUGUGGCGGAGAACCAUGUCAUUGCCGCAGCAAACUUAAGAGUGAGUUUGGAGACGCCGAUGGUUUAGUCGGCCAGCCGCAGAGCAACACAUUGGCAGCGACGAAAGUAGGCUGUCGUGGAUGGCGUCCGAAUGAAAUAUAUUAAUCCGAAUACAUAUAAUAUAUAUAUAUAUGUAUGUAUACAUUAUGAUGAGCAACAAUUAGACAUCGCAAUGGCGCAAAAUAUGGCUGUGUUUUGUAGACGAGCAUCGGUUUGAUACAUGGAUUUAUUGGGCUUUUUGCUGAUGCAUAUGUUUAGUGUGAUUUAUUUUGUUGAUUUAGCCGGCAGG